CAUGACAGCGUGCUGUGAACAGCUACUUUAAAUAAUAUUGAUCGCUGGCGAACUCAUCCCCCCUCCGAUUGGCAGUUAACCGUGGCACACGCCUGUCACACGAAUAUAUUGACUGUGCAAAUAACGGUGCGUGUCAACUGGGGCUACGGGAGGUGACCGAGGGACACACACGCGCCGUUAUGUCUUAAGCUAGCUCCAGUAGGCGCAUGACGUGCGCAGCCUAAAAGUAGCACUGCAUCAGCAGUCCUCGGCAGAACGAGAGAGAAAAAGUCGAUAGGCCAGAUUGCAUUUGCUGUGGCAUCAGCCGGGAUUUAAUCGAUACAAGCUGCUGAGACAAUGGUUGGUCUAUACUCGCAGCAUCAGGACCUCAUUCGGGAUGGCUGCGACGAGCGAUGGACGUGGAACAAGAGGGACAAGUCGCACGAGGUCAAGACAUGUGGGGAGGGGAUGGAAACGGCCCACUUCCACCCUCACUGGUCCAACGGAACGGCAGGGAUACGGGGAAACUGUGUGCUGAACUAUGGGAUCCAUUAUUGGGAAAUUAAAGUGUCGCAAAGGAUUUUCGGAACAAGUAUGAUGUUCGGAAUAGGGACUAAACGAGCUAGACUUCACGUAGAUGCUUUUGUGAAUAUCAUAGGUGAGGAUCAGUACAGCUGGGGACUAUCACACAAGGGACUCCUUUGGCACAACGGUAAGAGCAGACAGUACACCAAGCCCUUCAAAGAAAACGAGGCCACGGUAGUAGGAGUGCUAUUUGACGGAAUUGCGGGGACUUUAACGUUUUUUAAAGACGGUUUUUCGUUGGGUGUGGCGUUCACGGGACUUAAUAGCGUGACAGAAAACCUCUACCCCAUAGCAGCAUCCACUGCGGCCAAAACAGAGAUGACCUUAGGGAUUCGCCGGAGGGGGUACCAGAGUCUACAGGACCGCUGUCGCGUCAAGAUUCUGUCUAGCAUCCGUAAGCAGCAGGAGAUUGACCACCUGCCCCUGCCCAGCAGUAUGCGAUCGUUCAUCAAGGACGCCGCAUGUGUUUAACGUACAUAGAGGCAGAUCAUCGAUUGUGUGCGAAAUCUUUGAUUGUGAAUUAUUCAUUGCUUGAAGUAUUUAUUUUAGCAAACAAAAAAAUAUUUUAUUAUUUUUGGGUCUCUUUGUAUUAAUAUUUUAUUCGGGAGGGGAGGGGGUAUUUUCUUUGUUCAAACAAAGCGUUGGAUUCCUCUUCUAUUUAUUUAUUGAUUUUUUUUCUCCCUUUUGCUUUGAAAGAAGCUUUAACAAAAUUAAUUAUGAAAAUGAGUGGGGAUCACGUGGUGCUCUUUGCAUAAUUUAUCUGAAUCUGUUUUCUUUGUUGUCAUGCAAUUGACACUAUUUGAAUGGGGCAGAAAUCGAUAAGAUUCGAUCAGCUGUCUCGCUUUCACGGUCACCAAAUGCUGCGACCGUAGAGCUUAUCAUAUUUAUGUUUCACGCAUAAUUGAAUCUCCCUGAAUGAUGGUGCUAUAUAGUAUUUGAGACAUUCAUUUUUUAUUAUCAUAUUUGUCAUAUAAUAAUUGUAUAGUGCAAUUAGAUAUAUCUAGACCGAACGAGUGUGUUUUGAAUUUUGAUAUGUGCAUUUUCUACAAAAUAUUGGAUGAGGAUAUCUAGUCAUUAUUUGUCCACGUUUGAAAGACCCAUGUGUAUAAUUGUGUAUGUUAGCAAAGGAUCGAUAUAAAUGUGUAUAUCCAUGUUAGACAUGGAACAAGUGUGCGUUCAUGAUCAGUUGCAUGGUGUGUGUGUGUGUGUGUAUAACUAAGAAUGUAUGUGUAUAAAUGUGUACAAAUGUGUAAGACUAAGAAUUUGGCUAUUUAUUUGUAUAACUGUAUAUGUCAUAAUGUAGUGAUGAUUUAGCUUUUGUAUAUCAAUGUUAUCGAUUUUGUUUUAUUUUUACGGGUCGUUUGAAAUCCAUUGUGCAUGUGUGAGGAAGUGUGAAUGAAAGAAAUGAGAAAUUUCUUAGGGCCGGGCCCCAGUGCAAUAUUUUCUCUAGAUUGAGUUUGGACAGAAUCAAGUUUUCAGCCUGAUCUCAAUAUAUAGAUCGUGUAGACUUAGAUCCCGUCAAUGUGUGAGUUUUCCCGGAUUAUCUCAAAGGAUAUCCGGUUUCCGGUUUACCUGAACACAUUUCCGCCCGAUGUUUGUUUCAUUUCAUUAGCGAACAAUUUUUAAUAUCGAUAUUGUUGUGAUAGAACUCAGUGUAACUUAUUUAUUUAAUUUAUUGUGUAUGUAAUAAAAACAUGUGAUCAAAUCUCGGAAAAAA